AUGGGGCAGGGACGAAGUGCCAAAAGUGUUAGCAACUUUGCCAUAUUUCUGUUGAUUUUACUCGCACAAAACUGCGGUCGGGCACGCAGCCACGGGCGUGAUGGAUUAGCAAAGUUCGAGUUUAGCGGCCCGGCUCUCCCCGUUUUUAAUUUUGCGAAAAUAUACGAAACUUUGAGUGCGCAACUGCUGCCACUCCCUGCUGCCACGCCCCCCGGCGAGGUCAAAGGGCGUGACCUGGUGCGAGGGAAGCCCAUGUUUCAUGUUUUCGAUCAGCUGCAGCAGGACUUCGAGGCGAAGUGGCGGACGACCACCACAGUGAAGCCGUUCAGUAUCCUCCAGCACUUGGAUUGGGAGCAGGAGCAGCAGGCUCAGCGGCUGCAGGCCCACUCGAAUGCCACUUUCGAUAUCCUGGAGGAGCUGUACAAGGAUCAGAAGGCGUAUGAGCUGAGAACCACAACUAUUAAGCCUUUCCACGUGCUGCAAACCCUGGAGAAGGACUUGAUCGAGGUGCACAAGCACACUACCACCGUUAAACCCUUUCACAUAGUGGGAACCCUGGUGGAAGAUUUAAUUAAGAAGGAUCUGAAGGAUGGUUACCUCGUGGAGAAACCAGUUAAGUCCACGGAACCUCUUGCCGAACACAAGGCGGACUUGAAGCCCCAAUCGCGAGCCAAGGAAAGUCAGAAGCGGCGAAGGAAACGCAUUCGCCGCAGAAGGAAGCGAAUUCGCCGUCGCCGGAAGAGGACGCGUCGACGUCGCCGGCGAAAGCGGAAGAAGCGGAGGAAGAAGCGCAAGAAGAAGAAGUACAAGGGUGGCAAGAAAAAGAAGAAGAAGGGCAAGAGGAAGCGGAAGAAGCAGAAGCCGGUGGACCACGACGAGCACUCGAUCUUCCAGCCGGGUCAAGUGAUCUUCGCCAAUCCGACCAAGCCGCCGUACUACCACCAUCCACACCACCACCAUCCAUACCCGUAUCCACCGACCAACCAGGUGCCAGUUCAGACCAUUCCCACAGCCCUGCUGGCCGCCCUGACCACCAAGAAACCGACCACGACGACGACCACCACCCAUCGGCCCUUCAGCAAGAUCAAGUAUCUCCUGCGGCACAACAGCAUCUUCAAGAAGAAGAAGAAGGAGUACCUCAGUCACGUCGGCCAGGUGCUGUAUCCCUUCGUGAAGUUCGUGGCCUUCUUCACGGUCCUCAAUCCAUUUACGUUGGGUGUCUUCCUCUUCACCCUGAUCUCCCCCGCCGUAUUUGGAUUUCUGGGUUUCGUGGCGCUGAGUGUGCUGGUCAAACCCUUCUUGCAUUUGGUUUUUGGAGUCAAGCGGAACGUGAACGCCUUCGAUCGCAAAAGGUGGCUGGCCCACAAGCAGGAGGAGAGGCUGAAGCUCAACCUGAGACCCGUGACCAUCCACAAGCACUUCUACCAGAACAACCCGGUGCGCUCUGCUCCGCCGGUGAAGCUGCGUCCAGUUGCCCACUGGAGAAGGGAGGAGAGUGGAGGAGGUGGACCUAGCGGUCAGAUGCCUCCCGAAUUCCGGAAACCACCACCCAUAAAUCGUUAUAAUCCCUUGCUGCCUGACCAACGGAAAGCUUUGAACUAUGAUCACUCGGAUCAGCCUGGAAUCUUCUUAUUGUAA